GCCAUGUUUAUCACAAUUUUACAGAGAGAAUUUUGAUGUUUAAAUUUUCCUUUUUAGUCAAAUUGUACAAAACUCUUAUUAUGAAAACUACAAACCAACUUACUCUAAAGAUGCUGAACCCUGCAAAUGUUCGACAUUGUAGCUUCAAAAAUCUGCAAAACAACAAAAAGAUCAAUUGGCUAGAUUUGAUUUUCUGUCUGGAUCAAAAUUAACUUUCCUUCAGCUCAUAAUAGUUCUAGUGGUAUAUGCAUCGCUGUCUCUGAAAUGGUGAAACUGAUAUUUUAUUGUUAUUAAUUCAUUAAUAGUAUUAAUAUUAUUGGUCAAUAAACUUAAAUUAAAAGUCUUCACUACUGUAAUAUAUGAAGUUUGGUUGUCUAGCUAUGUCAGGCUCAUACAUUUAAAGGGGACAGACAGCCAUGUUCUUCCCUUCUUACUUGUGUCAGGGUUGUGGUUGUUUUGUGUCUGUAUGCCGACAUCAUCCUGUGGAUGCAUAUGCUAAUAGGUGCUCUCUCCUGCUCUUCCUGUGAAGGCAGCGCCCUCAAAUGUUACUCUUGUGUGGGGAUGAAUGAGGAGGACUGCAACCGACAAGGUUCCUCCACCUGCCCUCAUCAAGCUGACGCCUGCUCCAUCAUCACAGGAGCCAGUGAGUACUCACAAUACUACACACAGAAAAAACCUGUAACCCAGGUACCACACUGACACAGGCUACCAGGGGGCAGCAUUAUACUUACAAAUAUUUACAUAUGGUUGUAUUUAAAGAAGGGCUACAGGUGUUUGUGCUAUUUAUAUCAACCAAAGAAGAGUUUAGAAAUGUGGGUUUAAACUUUUUUCUGCAAGAAUUUAUGAUUUUUUUUUUUUUUUUGAGUCUACUACAAUCAAAAGAGGAAAUCUCCUUUAUAUUGUUUGUUUGGAGUAAGUACUGCUAGGCAGCAGUGGUAAAAAAAGAACUUGCACAAACCACGAGCAAAACCAGAUUAAUCAGUGAACAGCUAUGUAUUGCUAUUGGAUGGGCUAUGGGGGGAGGAUGGAGGAAGAAUGGGAUAAAAACAAUGAUGGACGUGGAUAUUGACGACAAAUUAUUGAGGACACACUCAUCAAUAUGAACAAAGUGUAACUCCAAAGUUGUCAGGUUUCUUUUUCUUAUUUACAAUUUAACAAAAAUAAUGAGUCAAAAAGUCACAUAAGAAUAUUAGAAACAUUUUUCUUGAUAAUCACUUAUUUCCCCUGUUUGACUUUUAUCACGAAAAGACUUCAAAUGUGAGAAAGUAGGAUGUCAGAAAAAAAAAAACUUCAUGCAUUUCCUGUUGUGUCCAUCAAGUUUCUAAUAAACCUGAUCCUUUUUGAAUGUUAAGUUUAGAAGUGUUACAUAAUUUCUAUUUUCUCUGAAACUGCAAGUCUAACAAAUAGUUUGCCAAGAUCCCGCAGUGUUCUGCUGACGCCAUCAUCUUAAUUGGAUUUGGCUUCACUUGACGCACAGAGGCAAGAAUAUCUCUUAACUCUUAAACAAAUUUUCCAGUUCCUUCUCUGUCUCUUGAUAUCCUUGAAUCUGUCCAUACAUCUCUGCUGGUUUCUGAGAUCCAAGUGAAAGAUGAAACAGGGAUGCCCCUUAAAAGAAGGAAGGACUUUGACAAAAAUGCAGCAACAGCAUUAAGAUAAUUACAGAGAGGGAUUCUAAUGUAAGACGCAAAGUUUGAGACAGUCUGGACGCUGAAUGUUUGAGUUAUGGUAACUUCCUGUUAUACAAACUUUGGCAGCCACACCCAUUGAAUUUGGGCACAAGCGAAAGGAUAUUUCUUAUCAAAAUACAUUCUGGAUGUCCCAAAAAAUUAGAGUGGAUUGGUUCACCAUUUUGAAAAAAAUGACCCAAGUAUUAGCAGUAGAAAUGACCAAAAAACACUCAGAUGUCAAUACUGAUGUUUUAGGAAGCUCAUGCAUUGGUCAUUAGUCUGGUAGACUAAAGACAAGGUAAUUUGGAUCAUGCCGGAGGAGCAGUUAAUCUGUUAAUCUUAGAAGGACCCCUAUCUUGAAUUUACCAAAAAUUCAAGAUGGGUUUAGGAGACUUUAGGUCCAGUCAGGAUGCAUAAUCCACUCAAGCUCAUCUUUCCAUCUAAAACCAGCUCCUGUCUACCUUACUUGGUGACUCCACAAGUAUUGUAAGCCCUUCAAAAACUUGUUUCCUUUUUAAUGGUGAAUGAUGCAAAAGCAUUUGGUGUAGACUUUAAUACUUUGGCAGGGUUUAAGGAUCUACAAGAAGGAUGUUUAGAGGAAUCUGUCAAACUAGAUAGAAAUUGAUGCAGCAUAUGUGGACACAAGAACUUCCGAUAGUUUUCAUAAAAGUUUCAAAGAUAUGUUAGUUGCGGUUGUGACCCCUCAAAGGCACAGAGGAUAUUCUGCAGAUUUGUUGAUGUAGAACAGAGCUAGAAAAGUCCACAAUUAACUAUGUUCAAAGAAUACUAGGAUUAGGGUGAAAUAUUAGCACAUGUAUGGGUUCUGGCCUGAACCCUUAAAUAUGUGGUGAGGAUGGGUCAGAUUAGAGAAUGAAUAAAUACUACUUCCUGUUUCAUGAUGAAACACACAUCUUUUUGUGCUUCUCAAUGCCAAGCCCUCUGACUUCUGUGUGUCAGUGGAUGAGUUUUCAUCAUUCAGGUCCUUUCUAGCUGUGUAGCCUGUUUAAAGUGGACCACAUCAUAAUAAGCUGAAUAUGGGUAUCAAAAUUUGAGUUUUGUGAGUUUGUGAGCAUGUUUAGACCAAAGAAAUACAUCAAACUUUCAGGGAAUUACAAUUAGGUAAUCCCUUGCACUGGUUUGGUGCUUGGGUCCUAAUAAUUGCAUAAAUGAACUAGUAUUAGCUACAUAAUGCCGGUGAAAAUAAUAAGUAUGAAUCAUAGGAAUAAUUAGGGCAUUUGGAUCAAGCAGGUCGACCACAACAGACCAACACCCACACUGGGAGUCAUAAAUCCAGCCUUAUAUUAUUGUUGCUGGAUGCCCUACCUUUUGAUCUGAACUACAGUACCCUUUCUAAUUCAAAGUGUGUACAUGUGUGUGAGCACAGGAUGGAGUUGACCAGGUUUGCGGCGCUGAACCUCUUCCUCUCUCUCUCUUUCUUAGACACUGUGAUGAAAUCAUGCACCUAUAAGACUUUCUGCGACAAGGCUCAGGGUGAAAGUGCCGGUGCCAGGCUGCAAUGUUGUUACAGUGACAGCUGUAACGGACCCUCCUGGAACAACCACAACAACCCCUGGGCUCACUACUACAACAGUGCAGGGGCAGUAUCCUCCAGCACCGCCCUGCUGAUCACUACCCUGCUGCUGCGUGUGGCCCUCAGUCAUCUGUAAAAUCUGUAAAAACUGUUUUGUUUCCCCCAAUGAUUCUUUAUCUUGUUCUACUCUUUUAAAUCAUUUGCAUUGAGAUCAAUCCAAACACUGUUGUACCUUUUUGACAAAGAGAUUAUUAGUCCUAGCUAUCAGAAUGUUUGAGCUUUAAAACUAUGUUUCUGUAACUUUUGGUGCUGUAGAUGUGUCUCAAAGAUAAAGAUUUUUUGGCAGGUUUUGUCGUAAAAAUGAAUACCACCUCAUAAUUAACAGUGAUAAAUCCCUCUUGAGGUGAUUAAAAGCUGUACAGCAACUUGCAUCUGAGAGUCUUUGUGGUGAAUAAACAUGUCCGCAAUGAAUAUUACCC